AUGAAGCUCCCUUCCAUCCUCGCAACAACUGCCAUCGUGACAGGGGUCUCGUCCUGUCUGCUCCGGUCCGAAAUCCACCCAGGAACCAGCAAAGCUCUCCUCCAAAACAGCCCAAUUCAGGCUUCUCCUCGUUACGACAUCCUCGUCGGUUCUGGCGAUCGCUUUGCCAACGGUACACUCCCGCCCGCUGGCUUGGGCGUGCACAACCGCGACCUCAAGACCAUCCUCAACCCCCGUGAGGUUGACUCGGCACUUCGGGGCCUCGCGCGCACCUUCAAGGACGUUAAGCUCUUCACACCCCCGUUCACCACCUUUGAGAAUGCCUCACUCCGAGGGGCAAGCAUCGGCAAAGACCCCCGCGUCUUCAUCAUGAGCGGCGUCCAUGCCCGUGAGCGUGGUGGCCCAGACGACGUCGUCUACUUUCUGUCAGACCUCCUGCACGCCCGCACCGCGCGCUCGGGCAUCAAGUACGGCGACAAGAUUUACUCGCAUAAGCAAGUUCUUACCGCACUCUCUGCCGGCAUCGUCGUCCUGCCGCUCGUGAACCCCGACGGCGUGGCCCACGACCAGGCGACGGACUCGUGCUGGCGCAAGAACCGCAACCCCGCGAGCGCCACGGGUGUUCUGGACGCAGAAGUGGGCGUCGACUUGAACCGCAACUAUGACUUCCUCUGGAACUACACCCAAGCCUUCAGCCCCAACGCCGAAUUGUGGGCGGCCGCGUCUGAUGACCCUGUGAGCGAAGUCUUCCACGGCACAGCGCCUUUCUCUGAACCCGAGACGCGGAACGUUGCCUGGGUGCUGGAUUCCUUCCCUAGUCUGUCGUGGCUGCUCGAUCUGCAUUCGUAUGGCGGAGCGAUCUUGUUAGGCUGGGGCGACGACAACGUCCAGACGAGUGAUAGUCGGCAGAACUUCACCAACAGUGCCUACGACGGGAAGCGCGGCUUCACAGGCAUUGACCCCAAGGACAGCAUGUACAGAGAGUACAUGCAGGCCUCCGAUUACACCGCUGAAACCAAAUUGGCAAAGCGUAUGCACUCCGCCAUGGCCUCUGCGGGCGAUACGCCAUACACCAUCCAAGAGGCAGCUUCCUUUUACCCGACAUCGGGUACCAGCCCUGAUUACGCCCUGAGCCGGUACUAUAGUCGCCAGUGCGGCGCGGGCAAGAUCCGGGGGAUGACGCUCGAGUUUGGCGAGUCGAGCACCGCGGCGCCGUCGUGUCAGAUGUAUCCCAGCAAGAAGCAGUACCAUACGUGGAUGAGGGAGGUGAGCGCUGGACUGAUGGAGAUGUUGCUGAGCGCUGCUGAGGAGAAGGACGUCGAGACGUGGGAGUGCUGA